AUGUACCUGGAAUCAACAACUUGCGCUGCAGUUUCUAUCGAUACCGCGGGAUAUGGCGUCGAAGCAACCAUGUGUGCUGUUAACCUAGUGGGUAGUAUAAAAGGCCAGGAGGAAUCUAAAAAGAAGAAAGGCAGUCAUCAUGGCCAUCAUCAUAAAGGUUCUGGAAAACAUGUAGCCGAGAAGCAGGAUAAGAUAUCUGACAUAAGAAGGGAAUAUAAGAAACUUUGCACAGCGACGAAGAUGGGAGAUGGUUUAAUCGAAGAGCCUCAUCUCGGGGUCAAUGUGAAUCCGUUUGAGACGGUCUUUAUUAAGACUAACAGAUAUAUUGAUCCCGUCGCUUUGGAGAAAUUGACGAGUUGGAUGAAGGGGAGUGAGUUCACAAGUUAUGACCACUGUAGAUCGUAG